GCGUGAACUCCCCGUCUCAGCAGCGCGCAUCGGACAGCGCACGAGGAGCAGCAGCACAGUGAGGGGCGCCAGGACGCGGUGCUUUGACAGUUUUUGGAGUUCAUUGUUCCAUUGUAGAAUUCACGGCAAACAUCGGCACAAUCAUGGCGGGAUUUAACUUCUUAUCAUCGGCGAACGGCGCAGGUGUCCACGCGACCCGAGUGGACCCGAAGUGAGAAAUGGACUUUGCAGAAAUCCUUUUCGCGCUCUUUAUCGUGGUGGUCGCGGUGGUCUCGCUGUUGUCCAACUUGUCGGUGCUGCUAUGUUUCGUCCACAGCGCCGAGAUCCGCCGACAGGUGCCGGGCGUGUUCACCAUGAACCUGUCCUUCUGCAACAUCCUGCUCACCGUUCUCAACAUGCCCACCACAGUGGUGGGCAUCGUGCAGAACCGCCAGCCGUUCGGCGACUGCGCCUGCCACACGGUGAGCUUCCUGGACACCUUCCUUACCGCUAACAGCAUGCUGAGCAUGGCGGCUCUGAGCGUGGACCGCUGGGUCGCCGUGGUGUUCCCCCUCAGCUACGCCACUAAGAUGCGCUACAAGGACGCGGUGUUCAUGGUGUGCUACUCUUGGGCGCACUCGCUCACCUUUUCGCUCGUGGCGCUGCUCUUCUCCUGGGUGGAUUACAGCCACGUGUACGCCUCGUGCACGCUGCAGCUGCGCGAGGGGGAGCGAGACCGCGCGGGCUUCGCCGUGUUCACCGUGGCGUUCCACGCCACGAGCUUCGCGCUGUCGCUCCUCACGCUGUGCGUGGCGUACCUGAAGGUGCUGAAAGUGGCGCGCUUCCACUGCAAGCGGAUCGACGUGAUCACCAUGCAGACGCUCUUCCUGCUGGUGGACAUUCACCCCAGCGUGAAGCAGAGAUGUUUGGCCGAGCAGAAGAGGAGAAAGCAGAGGGCCACUAAGAAGAUAAGCAUCUUCAUCGGCUCCUUUAUAAUCUGCUUCGCGCCUUAUGUGACUACAAGGCUGGCGGAGCUCCUCCCCUUCGUGGGCGUGAACCGCCACUGGGGCAUCGUCAGCAAGUGCCUGACCUACAGCAAGGCGGCGUCGGACCCCUUCGCCUACUCCCUGCUGCGGCAGCAGUACCGCAAGGUGCUGAUGGGGGUCCUGAACCGCCUGCUGCGCCGCGACCUGUAUCCCUCCUCGGGCCCCAGCAGCUCCAUGGACACGGAGAACGACUACUGCCUCCAGAGGAUCACCUAGCGCCGCCGCCGCCGCCGCGCUA